AUGUCGCACACGUGCUCACGCAACAACGCUCCUGUACUUGCAGUAACCAACAGUGGCGUGUGCCCCGAGACCCUCCCUGCUCGAGUCCUGAAGGCCAGUUCACAGGUGCUGGCCUUCGAGGUCCCAGUUCGCCAGCUCAGUUGGGCCUGGCCCAUGGCACUGUCACAAUGGCCGCCUUCUAGCUUCCAUGAUGACGGAGAGUUCCAAAAGACGCUGCAGGAGACCGUUGGCCUGGCGCGGAAUCCCCACCUUCAUAGCAGGCAACGAUGGCGAGGCGACGGCAAUCUUGGCCGGAGCCAAUGGUCUUCUGAAUGCGAGAAGGUGAAGGCCUUUAUCACAGAAGAUCUCCCUCUGCACCACAACCUUGUCCUGAAACACCUGGCUGGAGCGGAUCCCGAACUGGUGCUGCUCAACUUUAAGUAUGAAGAGUUGCAGAGAAUUCCAUUGGCUGAAAUGUCCCGGGAAGAGAUCAACCGGCUGGUGAAAGAGUUGGGGUUCUACCGGAAGGAGACGCGCGAUUCACCUGUUCCGGAAGAGUUCCAGCUUGCCCCCGCGAAGCCUCUGCCUGCCUCAGAAGAAUCCCAGAGAGAACAGGCGGCAGAGAGGAAAGGGGCGAAGGGCAGCGAACUGUAAAUCUGGGUGCCUUUGAAAACUGCAGGGGUUGUGUGUGUCGGCAAGGCGUGAGAGACUGCUGGCGUUCGGAACUUGCAGCCUCUUAAGACUUCCAGCAAGGCAUCCUCUCCAUCAGGGGUGGGCACCUUGUGGGCCUCCAGAUGUUUUGGCCUACAACUCCCAUGAGCCCUGGCCAGUAUAACCAAGGAUGAGGGAUCAUGGAAGUUCUAGGCCAAAAACAUCUGGAAUUGUCCAUCCUGAUCGAGCUGCUUCCAAGUAUCUCUUCACAACA